UGUUUUGUUUAUCUGGCUUCAUUUCAUAAAUAAGAAAAUCAAUCUGGAACGAUGUUCACAGACGUGAACGUGGACGUUUUUGUGAGCAAUUAUACGAUUAUUGACCCAGAAAUUUACCAACUAUGGGUAGAAGGUUAUUCCUCUUUGGAAGCAGUUGCAUUGCUUAAGCAAAAGGGAGGUAUAUUUGUCGAGGUGCAGCACGAGUUGAUUGCAUCGGACGUACAGGACCACUAUCGCACCUACGCCAUGCUGGAAAAGUUUCUCCAUGCCCCGCCGAAGCUUUCCGGGCAGCUUACAUUCCAAAUCUGCCCACAGGACCGGUCGUUACUGAUCGACAGUUACUACUCGCUCGAUGAUACGGUUGCCCGGGAGUUGUUUGGCAAGAAGUUCAACUCGCGCAAUCGGAAGGACCUAGACGAGGUGGCAGAAAAAACGGGGGUGCGAUUGAAGUCCUGCCGCCGUCAGUUCGAUAAUGUGAAGCGCAUUUUUAAGGCCGUUGAGGAAACGCAGGGAAACAUUGCGAAUAACAUUCGUCAGCAUUUUGUACUGCCGGAGGAGUUGGCGCAGAAGUACGCAGCGGUAGUGUUUAUAGCCUGUCUACGGUUUGAGACGACCAAGCGGAAGCUACAAUAUUUGAACUUUAAAGAUUUUUACGAAUGUGCUCAGGUAUUGAUGACUUACUGGACAUAUACUUAUCAACACUCCGGUGCUGACUAUUUGGAUACCGAAAUGGACAAAGAGUUUCUGCUGGAUCUUCGCGACAUACGAGAUCUGUUGGACAAGGAAAAGGAAAUAAAACAUUUAGUAGCUCUGCGUCUCAAGCCCACCCUUCUGGAGCGAGCAUAUCAGGAAGUUGAGAAUAAUUUUCGUACUUACUACCGGGCGAUUAUAAUGAUCGCUUGUAAUCUACAUCGAACGCGCGAGAUGAGAUUACUGUUUGUUGAGAUGACGGAGCGUUUGAUUGAGCCGUGGAAGCAAAACGGGUGGACAAAGGAUCAAGUUCAGUUGUUUCUGCAGUGUAUCUGGAAGUGCGUCUUGGAUCUCGAGGUCCCCCGUGAUAAUCAAGACAUCCGUUGUUUAUGGGACCGGUACAUGCAGGUCAUGAAUGUGUGUUUGUGUCGAAUGUAUCACUCUUAAACCUAAGCAGGUUCUUACAUUACUGUACUUAGAAUAAAGAAUAACCUAUGCAGUCAGUUGAAGUAAAUACAAUUAAAUUAUGCUGAUAAAAACAACGAAGGAAUACACUGUGAGCUUCUAA